AUGCUGACUCCUAGCUUGCGGAGUGUUGAAGCUGGUUACUAUGCCUCGGGAUCACCGGAAGAGAUUGCCAUAUUUGGCAACGGCGUUCAAGUAGGAAUGCGUAGCACCGUCGUUCUUGGUGGGGAAGAUUGCGUCACUACUCCUAAGUUAGUGGCUAGUUACGUGUAUUCCGGAGGUGUCGAGUGGUCACUGGAUGACCUUGAAUCUUGGAAGCGAUAUCAAUGGACUGGAAAAGAGGAGUUGGAGUUGAUGUUUAUUGACGGGAAGGACCACGGGCAGGGCAUCAUGGUUCCUUAUCCGUACAAGCCAAUCCAGAACGUCAUCGAGACGUACUGUCGACGAGACGAUGGGUUCGAGGCUUUCGGAGACAAAUUUAUUGGCGGACCUGAAAGCAUGUAUGGUAUGCGAGAACAGACGCCAGAGGUUGUAGAGUUGAAGAGCAUGUAA